GACAGGGGCGGCGGCCUCAGUCCCCUUGUUCUAGAUCAGACCAGUUCUCCUUACCACUCAGUGUUGCAGGAUGUGCGCUUUGUGGCCCAAAUUGAAGACACGAGAAGGUCUCAGUGGUACAACUACUGCAAGAUCAGACCGCCCGGCACAGCCUCAAUCGCCGACUUCCAUUGAACACGACCCGCACGUAGUACAAGCGAAGGCUGUCUGGCUUCCUGCGGUGUGUACAUCAAGUUCCAGUGCAGUGCCUUUGGCUGGAGCUCGAAGAGCGAUUGAAUCACGAAGCCGAUCUGAGUGUUCUGCCCUUGACAAAACGGGAAGGAUGUCUACAGUGACAGACGAAGAUCUCUUGAUCAUUCGUCAACAAUACUCAACCUUGGAUUCCAAGGCUACUUGUGCUGCUGUCAUGCUUUAUGACUAUGUGCUGACAAUUCGCGAUGAGGUGAAUCUGAUUUGGGUUCUGAAGAAACCGAACAGCGGCACCGUCAUUUAUGUGCUCAACCGGCUUGUGAUGUUUGGCCUCUUGUAUGAGUGGUUCGUACAGUAUCAAGUGAAUGCCGGAGCGCCGCGAUCGUAUACGAUGUGCUCGUGAACUUGUCGUAUACGAUCUGGGCAGCUGUUUCUGCCUUGAGAGUAUAUGCUCUCACUCAGCGAAAUUAGUGGCUAUCGAUGGCGACGUUCAUACUGGGCAUGGUAAU